UGAAACCUUUUCAGGAAUAGACCUUACACCCUUUGCAACAUGUUUUUGGAUGGAAGUUUCUGGGAGAAGGCGUGGCCCUGACCUUGCCAUGUGUUCCGCUGAUGCCACGGUCUACUGUCAGCCGUGUGGAGAGGGCGGGAAACGCGCUGUGGCUCAUGGGUUCUGUCAGACCUGCGAGGAAUACAUGUGUGGUCCUUGUAUUGAGGCCCAUAAGAGGUUCAAGCUGUCCAGGAACCACAAAAUGUUAUCCAAAGAUAAGAUGCCGACAUUCUACCCGUCCACCAAGCAGUCUGACAUUGGCGAAACUGAAUACUGUAAAUCUCAUUCGAAGGAGAUGAUCAAGUUUUUUUGCCCGAACCACGGCGACCUUGGCUGUGGUGACUGUGUAGUCAUCGCUCAUCGCACGUGUAAAGUCGACUACAUCGCUGAUGUCUCUAAAGGUUUCGUCAAUGAGAACGAAUUCAAAAGGUUGGAACCAUCUAUUAAACGAGCUGAAGAUAUUCUAUAUCAGAACAUAAGUAACGCCGAGAAACUUCUGUACGAGGUAGUAAACCAGUCUAAGUAUGAGAUUGACAGACUGAGAAAAUUCCGGGAAGAAAUCAACACUUACCUGGACCGCCGCGAGAAGGAACUGCUCGACAACCUCAAGGAAGUGAAGACCAAGGAUGAAAACGACUUGACUGCACUAAAGACUGAUUGUAAAUCGGUGAUGACGGCACUUGAGGCCAUGAGGAAUGAAAUGUCUUCAAUUGACGUCUCGGUAAACCAGCGUUACUUGGCGGCAAGGCGGGCCCAGAAUGAGCUACGGGGACUUCAUGUCGAGAUGGGGAAGAUGGCUGGUAGGAUGAAGGCCCGGAAGUACCGGUUUGUUAAGGACGCGGACACGGAGCGGCUGCUGGGAACGAAAAAAGGCUUUGGAACACUGGACGUGGCGGGAGAGUUUCGGAGGGAAAGUACUAUUCCAGUUUCUGGCCACUCUACCGUGACAUGGAAGAAGGAAGUUGACAUCCCGGUCAGAGAGGCACAGGACAAGGACACCUGCUGGAUCACCGGCUCCGUCCUGCUUUCUUCUGGUCACCUUCUUCUGGCUGACUGCAAGAACAACAGUGCCAAACUGGUAGACGUCACCAACCGUAUCGUCACGUCCCGCAUCCAGCUGCCAAGCGGCCCCUGGGACGUAUGUACGCUUCCUGAUGACCAGGCCGCCAUUACUCUCCCGAACACUUCCAUGAUUCAGCUGCUGUCAACAAUGGGAGGACAGUUGUCGUGUGAAAAGGUAAUUAUUGUAUCAUACGGGUGUCGCGGCAUUGCAUCUUACAACGAUAGAUUAUACGUUUCAUACGUAACAAACCCGCGUAUUGAAGUGAUGACAUUGGAUGGUCAUAGUAUAAGUACAUUUAAAACAGAUGAUGGAAAACAACUUUUCAAAAUGCCAUUUUUCCUGACUGCGUCAGCUUCAACACCACCGACCCUGUACGUGUCUGACCACACUGAACACACCGUUAUCCAGCUGUCCCUGGAUGGGAAGGUCCAACAGAAGUACCGAGACAAGCUCAAAUAUCCAAAGUCCAUGGUGGAGAUAGGGCCUGGCCAGGUGCUCGUGUGUGGGCAGGUCAGCGGCAACGUUAUGCUGCUUACGGAGCGGGACGACAAGAUGACCGAAAUUCUGGGACAGAAGGACGGACUGACCCAUCCAUACUCCAUUUCUUUUUGUCUUUACACUCGUUCCAUAUUUAUCGGGAUGUUAAAAAAUGACUCACUGAAGGUAUUUAAUGCAAACUGACAGUGUUUCUCUCUCAGUCGUGAUUUCCCUUCCCUGGCAGAAAUGUCCAUGUAUUCAAUAAUGAUUGAGCAACUUAAUACUGAAUGCAAUAAUAUUUUAUUUUCAACAUUCCUCAAAAAGUAUUUUUGUAAACGUUUUUUAUGAAAUUAAAUAUCCAUUAAUAAUUAUGUCAAUGUAAAAUUUGAAUGACUAAGUAUAUAGUGAAAGAAAAGGUAUGUGAUAAGCCAGAAAAGCUAUUGGAAAUUAAUGACAAGUACAUUAUAUCUAAUAAAUGUUAACCGUAUUUUGCAGUUUUGUUUUGCAUUUGAAAAAGAAUUGCAAAUUAGAGUCACUGUUAUAAUACUAUCCAUCAAGUCAUGAAUAAGGUGUUUUGGGUGUUUAUUAUUUUUGUUUCAC